AUGUUAUUGGCAUUGGCACCGCUGGCAAUAGCGCAGAAGGCGGCUCGCGUUGAGGAGUUUAAUAAAGACUUGGACGGCAAUGCGGUCACGCCGAAGCCGGGCACAGACGGUGGCUUCUAUGAUGUUGUCGAUGUGCUGGCCGCCACCAGCGCCGGUGUGGGCAGACCCAAGAGCGGCCAGACGACACGCAUCUAUACCACCGGCGAUGUGAACGAUGCUUUUUGGCUAAAGCAUUUGGGCGAUGACUUCAAGCAUGCCAUUCACCUACAGGUCGGCGGCACCAACGAUGAUUACAAUCGCAUCAUCAAUCAGACCACCAACGGUGUGCACGAGGAAGUGCAUCAUGAGUAUCUGCCCGGCGCGGAGCGGCCAGGUCGUGAACGCUACAGACCUCAGUCGGCGCCAUCUGGGCCGAGCUUUAUCAGCUCCAGCGAGGACACGUUGCAUACGUCGCAAUCUCAGGCAGCGCCCACAUCAGCCAUGUCACCCAGCUCGAGUGGGUCGCGGCACGAUGAUCUAGACAGGCAGCUGCCGUUUAAGUCAGCCUUCAAUGACUACGGCAGUCGACCCACGCGCGAUCUGACCUAUUUGCUUUAUAAGCGCGGACUCUGA